UAAACGAGAAACUGAUUUCCAGAAUAUGGGCGAAAAGAGAUUUCCAGUCCUCCUAUAUGAAGUUGGGGCUCCAGAAUGAAGAAUUAGCUAUGAAGAAAUAUAAGAUGGUCUGUCCCGAAAAUGAAAAUGCAGAAGCAACCCAGAAAGAUAGGUCAAAUGUCAUUAUUUUACCGCAGUUGGCAACCAUGGGGUCGCAUCACUUAAUAAGGAUAAUGCAGAGUUUGAAAGUUUUUCAAAUAUUCAGGUGCAUUACAAUGGAUGAUACCAAAACUGUUUGGUGUGGAAACUUGUCAGAUCAGGUAACUGAGGAAUUACUUUAUGAACUUUUUCUACAAGCUGGUCCACUGGAAAGAGUGAAAAUACCGACGGAUAGAGACGGAAGAAAAUCAAAUUUUGCAUUCAUAACCUUCAAACAUGAAAAAUCUGUGAAUUAUGUUCUUCAGCUUCUAAAGGGCACAAGACUCUUUGAUAGGCUCCUGAUUGUCAAGCAAAGAAUCGGAAUCACGCAAAACAGACCACUCGACAGAAAUUCGAGACAGCCUGAGUUUCAAAACAAUACAAUUAAUCAACUAAGACUGGAGUGUUUACCAAGGUUUGAUCAUUCGACUAAUAGAUUUGCAUAUAACAGACUAAACUAUAGUGGUCAUAAAAGGAAGAGAAUAAUGGAAGAUGACAGACUGAACUAUAAUGGUCAUAAAAGGAAAAAAACAAUGAUGAAAAUGGGAUGGACAUAAAUUAUCAAAUGAUUUAAACAAUAAAUGAAGUUUCAAUAAUGAAGAGAAAUGAAUAUCGAUAUUUCAAAUAAUAUUACUUCAUGCUGCUCUUGUUUACUCUGUUGGCGUUUUGUCAACAGAGUACUCAACCAAAAUUUAGUGAUUUUGUUAUAAAAGACAACCAAUUUUUAUAUCUCAAAAGGAUCACAAACAAAAGAUUUUAUGAGCUUUUGAGUGGUUUUAUUCCCUGAAGUGCCAUCCGUUCUGGUAUUUAUUCAGCAAUAUUUUUCACAUAUAAGUACAAUUAAUAAUUUUAUGACAUUUUGAUAUGUAGCUGAUAUUUACAAAAUAAAA